AGAACCAAUCGCCCUUCAGCUGGCUACUCACAGUUCUCGCACAGGGGAAAAACCGAGAUUUCCUCUUUGUGGGCGGGUAAUUUCAGCUAUUGCGCCUGCGCAACAAGAGGAGACGAACGAAGUGCCUUCCUCUUCAUCAUUAGGGCGGGUGGUUCGAAUCCUGAAUGGGGAGGAUUGCAGCUCUGUUUUGUUUUCUGUUUAGUCGCCGCUUUUAUUUUCCUCAUAAUUAACACUGGCAUCUGGGUCCUGUUUCUACGAUGAUUAGUAGCAGGAGUGGAAUCUGGUGACCCAUGCAACUGCAAAAUAUUUUUCCAGCUCUGCUGAUUGGUAUCACUCUUGCAAAUAAAAGAAAAAGAACUCUUGCUGACACAAUGAAAAGCAGAAGUUAACUUCUUAAAGACUAAAAAAUGGCUUACAGGCUACAGAAGCUGUUUUCUGUGGAGGCAGAGUUUGACGAUGAGGAUUUCCUGCUGGCUGUAAAGGAUGUGGAGAAGCAGGUCUCUGCUCCAGUCCCUCCGAACUCAAGAUGUCUGAAACCCCUCUUGUCUGGGUUGAGAGCCCCCAGCAACACCAUCAUGCCACCUCAGGACUUGGUCAACAUUGGCCCUUCAAAGGCUAUGUCCCCUGUCUUGCAAAUACAAACCUCCAUUCGAAGAUUUGGGGAGGGUGAUUGUCUCAGCAAAGUUGAAAGCGACCAAGCAACAUCGCCUCUAGUAGCCGGCUUCAAAGUUCAGACGGAGCUGGCAACCUUGUCAGCAGAACGCAAACAGAGCUGCGCUUCGAGCACAAGGUUCAAAUUUGUGAGCAGAUGUCCAGCUCUACUCCCCACUGGGGACGCCCCUUAUGAUGAGGAGCUUGACAAUCAGCUUCUCUUGGCUGCAUGCACGGAUCUGGAAGAGCCUGAUGCACGGUUGCAUCUGGAGCCUUCCAGAGCUCACUGUGGAUCUCGGGAGCCGAUGGGGGACAUUGGUAUUGGUGAUACAGUAACAGCCAAGAGGCUACGGGUGGCAAAUUCAAUGAUGUUGGUGAGCCCUGUUGGGCUGGAGAACUCACCGUUAGAAAGGACCCAGAAGGCAACCUCAGUGGGGGUCUGUUUCCAGUCAGUGGAAGCUUCUCCAAAGUUGAAUCUGAGGCCCACUGCCAUGCGGUCCUCCUUGUCACAGUCUAACCAAGGACUGAGCACAAACACUGGCACCCUUCCACCCACUGACUGCCAGCUGUUAAAGCCUAUUCAAGCAACUCUGGAUAAAACUGUUGCUGGGUCCAACAGCCAAUGCCUGCCUUUAGUUAGACACCCCUCCUCCUUCCCUUUGGCAAGCCCGCCUCCAAAGCCAUCCAUGCCUCGGAUACCCAGCCAGGGUUUUUUCAUGCCUCGAAUGGCCAAUAGUGGUGCUCGGCUCCCACCCAUGCCCCGGAUACCCAACCAGGGCUGCUUUGGGCCUCAAAUGGCCAAUAGUGGUGCUCGGCUCCUUACUGCAUACGGCCAGGCAGUGGCAUCUGUAGAGAUCCCAUCAGCUUCUCCUAAAGCAUCCUGUUCAGCUGCACUCACUGGGAACCUCCAAACGCCUGUGGUCACCAACCACCUUGUCCGCCUGGUCACAGCAGCUAACAAGACACCCCAGCCAACAGCCCACAUUUCUUUGCGGGUGAAGACUCGUCGCUUUCCUGGACCUGCAGGCAUUCUACCCCACCAACCUGAUGGAAAAAACCUGGAAGAAAUUCUGAUUUCAACCCCACAAACACCAACUCAUGGAGCUCUAGCAAAGUUACAGACAGAGGAAAUGCCUGCUUCGCAGCAGCCAACAGAAGAGGAAUUUGGAAGAGGCCCUUGGGUUGCCAUGAAAACGGAGCUGGGAUUGGAUGAGAGAGAUCCGUCCUGCUUCCUUAGGACGUACAGUGUGGUCAUGGUGCUUCGGAAGGCAGCUCUAAAGCAGCUUCCAAAGAACAAGGUCCCCAACAUGGCGGUCAUAAUUAAAUCACUGAUGCGGACCAAUGUUGAUGCAGGUGCUGUGUUCAAAGACGCUACUGGUGAAAUGCAAGGCACGAUACAUCGUCUCUUGCUGGAGGAGAAAGAGAGUGAACUUAAGGCAGGUUCAGUGCUUCUGCUAAAACAGGUGGGUGUGUUCUCCCCAUCCUAUCGCAAUCACUACCUCAAUGUGACACCUAAUAACUUGGUGAAGAUAUAUCCACCAGGAUUCAGUGGUGGGACACCCCCUCAGUUGUGCCAUGAGAUUAGGGAAAGAAUGGAAAUGACAGCACCACAGGUAGGGUCAGAAUUCCAACAGGAUCCUCUUGCCAAUGCCUCUGUGAUCAUAGCCACAACAGAGUACAGGAGUAGGCACGGGCAUGAGAUGGAUAAGAACUGCUGCCAGGAUACAUCGUCAUUGUCAACACUUCCAGGGACUUGUGGAUCAGAUGACCUAGACCAGCUUCUUGGAGAACUGCCUGAUGACUUUUUCUCCAGCUCGGAUGUAUUGCAAAGUGGCCAGUGACUGUUCCCUGGUGUUCAAAAGGAGAGGGACUUCCUGUGGUGGACCUGAGGACAUUGUCCCGAGUGUGGUGAAGCCUUUUGCACUGUGAGGUUGAUCCCCUUGUGUAUCUCUGUUGGGUGGUUUUCCCCUUCAGCAUCUUCAUGGACAUUGACUGUGGAGUGGGGGAGAGGCCUUAGGACAGCUGUCUGAUGCCAAAUCUGUUGCCUUUCAUGUGACUGGAUGGAAACUCAACACCUACACAGCAGCAACAUUGGCCUUUAAGUACAUUUCCCUCUUUCUGCAGCUUGCCUUUCCUUCAAAGACAUGUCCUGUUGCCUUAAGGGUAUCUGGCAGAAUGCUGUACCAGACCUGUUUCUGCCUGCACUGCACUUUGCUUGUUGGUUGGAGCCAGCCAUGACAGCAGUUAACGUAUUUAGCAGCUGUCAUUCCCUUUGGGUUUGAAAUGCAAGCUGUCCUGAUGCCUGCUUUGGUGUUGCCCUGUUGCAAACCAUCUCAGUCACAGCAUGGUCUGGCCUUGGAAAUCAACUUACAGAAACACAGACAGGGUUAACAAACCAUUUAAAAAAAUUAUAGGCAAAGUGGACUUUUGCUGAUAGAUUUUUGUGACAGAGAAUGUGUCUAACUUUUAUUUAAUGCAACAUUUUUGUGUUUGCUGUUGACAUCAUUUUAGUUGACAGUCUUGUUUAUGGGGAGAUGAUUUUCAAAGAAGCAAUAAUGUUGGUUUGGGUAUAUGCAUAUGUCUUUUGAAUAUAUCAAAUAUAUUUUAAGUUUAAUUACA